AUGAAGGCCACCUGGAUCAGGCUUCUGAAACGCGCCAAGGGAGGAAGGCUGAAGAAUUCGGACAUCUGUGGUUCGGCAGACUCCUACACCAGCCGUCCGUCCGAUUCAGAUGUUUCUUUGGAGGAAGAUCGGGAGACGGUGCGCAGAGAAGCACGACGACAGGCCCAGGCCCAGCUGGAGAAAGCAAAGACAAAGCCCGUUGCAUUUGCAGUCCGGACAAAUGUCAGCUACAGUGCAGCCCAUGAAGACGAUGUCCCGGUGCCAGGCAUGGCCAUCUCAUUCGAAGCAAAAGAUUUUCUGCAUGUUAAGGAAAAAUUUAACAAUGACUGGUGGAUAGGGCGAUUGGUUAAAGAAGGCUGUGAAAUCGGAUUCAUUCCAAGCCCAGUCAAGCUAGAAAAUAUGAGGCUACAGCAUGAACAGAGAGCCAAGCAAGGGAAAUUCUACUCCAGUAAAUCAGGAGGAAAUUCAUCAUCCAGUUUGGGUGACAUAGUACCUAGUUCCAGAAGAUCUACACCUCCGUCAUCUGCUAUAGACAUAGAUGCUACUGGCUUAGAUGCAGAAGACAAUGAUAUUCCAGCAAACCACCGCUCCCCUAAACCCAGUGCAAACAGUGUAACGUCACCCCACUCCAAAGAGAAAAGAAUGCCCUUCUUUAAGAAGACAGAGCACACCUCUCCUUAUGACGUGGUCCCUUCCAUGCGACCUGUGGUCCUGGUGGGCCCCUCUCUGAAGGGGUACGAGGUCACAGAUAUGAUGCAAAAAGCAUUGUUCGAUUUUUUAAAACACAGAUUCGAAGGGCGGAUUUCCAUCACAAGGGUCACCGCUGACAUCUCACUGGCCAAACGCUCUGUCUUGAACAAUCCCAGUAAACACGCCAUAAUAGAAAGAUCCAACACAAGGUCAAGUUUAGCGGAAGUUCAGAGUGAAAUUGAAAGGAUUUUUGAACUUGCAAGAACACUGCAACUGGUGGUCCUUGAUGCAGAUACUAUUAAUCAUCCAGCCCAACUUAGUAAAACCUCUCUGGCCCCUAUUAUAGUGUAUGUCAAGAUUUCUUCUCCUAAGGUUUUACAAAGGUUAAUAAAAUCUCGAGGGAAAUCUCAAGCUAAACACCUCAAUGUUCAGAUGGUAGCAGCAGAUAAGCUGGCUCAGUGCCCUCCGGAGCUGUUCGAUGUGAUUCUGGAUGAGAACCAGCUCGAGGACGCCUGUGAGCACCUUGCCGACUACCUGGAGGCCUACUGGAAGGCCACCCACCCUCCCAGCAGCAGCCUCCCCAACCCUCUCCUCAGCCGUACCCUGGCCACCUCGACCCUGCCUGUCAGCCCCGCUCUGGCCCCCGGCUCACAGGGUUCUCAAGGGGAUCCGAGGACCGAUCGCACGGCUGCCACCCAUUCUGCCUCCCAAGCUGAAGAAGAACCCUGCCCAGACCCAGUCAAGAAACCCCAGCACCACAGCCAUCGCAGCGGGGCCAGCCGAGGCCUCUCCAGGCAGGAGACCUUGGAUUCAGAAACGCAGGAGAGUCGCGACUCUGCAUACGCGGAGCCCAAGGAAGAUUAUUCCCACGAACACGCGGACCACUGUGCCCCGCACCGAGAUCACAGCCACCGAGAGGAACCCCACGGGGGCGGGGAGCGCAGACACAGGGAGUCUCGGCACCGCUCGCGGGACCCGGAUCGAGAGCAGGACCACAACGAGGGCGACAAACAGUGGAGCCACCACAAAUCCAAGGAUCGCUACUGUGACAGGGAGGGGGAAGGGGUGUCCAGGAGACGGCAUGAGGCUGGGGACUGGAACAGGGAGGUUUACAUCCGCCAGUGA